AUGGCUCCUACUCAACAUAUUGUAAAGCUCCAUAGUGGAUCUAGAGAGUUCUCAACCCUCUCUAACUACUCGCAAGAGGAUAUCUUCGUCAACGAAAACAAAAAAUGGACUCGUAUUGUCUUUUUAAUUCAUGGAUUCCCAGAUAUCAAUUCUUCAUUUGAUGCUUCAUGGGAUACUAUCUUAAACAUCCUUCCAGGAACUUUACUUCUUGCACCAACAUUAAGGGGUUACGAACCUUCCAGUCAAGGCAAUCUUAAAGACUACAAGCUUUCUCAAUUGGCAGAUGAUGUACGUUCAUGGAUUCUUGAGGUCUCGCCAGAAGGCACCAUCCCAGUCCAUCUUGUGGGCCAUGAUUGGGGUGCGGGUGUCUCGUUCAAAACUGCCCAUACAUACCCGGAACUUCUUGCUUCGAUCUCAACCUUGGCAUUCCCUUAUCUUACCAACAUCAAGCCAUGGGAGAUGUUGUGGUAUUGUCCUCUACAAAUGUAUUACUCCAGUUAUAUCUUUACUAUGCAGUUUGCCUUUUUAUACAAGAAGAAGCUUACGGAUAAAAGUAAAAAUUCGUACAUCAAUAAGUUGUGGAAGUUCUGGAGUCCAACUUGGAAAUUUAGUGAAGAUGACAUAGAAGAAGUGAAGGAAACUUUCCAAAAACCAGGUGUGCCGGACCUGGCCACCGCCUACUACAGAUGUAUGGAUCUCAAAGAAUUGGCAUGGCCCGUGGACUUUGAUAAAGUCCCUACAUUAAUCCUUGGAGGUGAUAGUGAUGGAUGUAUGACCAAGCUGGUGUAUGAAUUAGAAGCUAGGAAAUUGAAGAAUGUUCCGAACGUUAAGGUGCAAUUACUCUCUAAAUUGGGACAUUUCUUACAUAGACAGGACCCUGUGAAGGUUGCUGAGAUUUUCUCUGAUUGGAUCCUUAAGCAUGACGUAUAA